AAUCCAUAUGUCAGACAGGACGACCAUGCGUACGAGAUGGCCGACGUGCGAGAUAGCUCGGCAAACCUGACUUCAGGAGGAGACAGCAUGUCAGAUUUUUAUGCAGAGAUUUCAUCCAUUCAAGACACUAUCAAGACUUUUAACGCCAACGUUUCUCGCAUUGACGAGCUGCAUUCUCGUUCACUGAACAACACUGAUGACGCUGCUGCGCAACGCAAUGCCUCGCAGCUACAAGAGCUCGUGGAGGAUACCAGUGCUCUGAGUGCAACACUUAAGCGCCGUGUAAAGGACUUGGAGAGGCAGGGGGGCAGUGGGCGUGAUGGUCAGAUCCGCAAACAACAAACGGCUCUUGUCAAGUCGAAGUUCGUUGACGCCAUCCAAUCCUAUCAGACAGUUGAGCAACAGUAUCGCCAAAAGUACAAACAGCGAAUGGAGAGACAGUUCAAGAUUGUCAAGCCGGAUGCUACGCCUGAAGAAGUUCGAGCCGUCGUGAAUGACGAGAAUGGGGGGCAGAUAUUCAGCCAAGCUUUGAUGAACUCCAGCCGAUACGGCGAAUCAAGAGCGGCAUACCGGGAAGUGCAGGAGCGACACCAGGAUAUCCAGCGUAUCGAGCAAACCAUCGCAGAACUUGCUCAGCUGUUCAACGAUAUGAGUAUGUUGGUAGAGCAACAAGACGAAACUAUCAACACGAUUGAGGCAACAGCACAAGUCGUUGAGAAAGACACCGAAGCCGGCUUCCAACACACAGGAAAAGCUGUCGUCUCAGCUCGCUCAGCCCGCAAAAAGCGAUGGAUCUGCUUCUUCCUAUCACUUCUCAUCAUUGCAAUCAUUGCCAUUAUCGUCGUCGUCGUCAUAAAGCAAAAUAGUGGUAGCAAGUAA